AUGUACGCAAAGAUCUGUGUUCUUGCUCUGCUUGUUGCCGUUGCUUUGGCGCAAACGCCUCCAGCUCCAUCUGAAUGCCAGAUUUGUGAACACUUGAUCGGUCAAGCUAGACAUCACUUCAAUAACAACGUUACCAAUGAGAAGGCACUACAGCAAGAACUGCUCAAGGAAUGUCAACAUCUUCCACCGAAUGAAGGCACAUCAGCCGAAAAAACUUGCAUCGAUAUGGUGAACAACAACAUCGACAAGAUUUUCUCAGACAUCCAAGCCGGUGAUCGCGAUGGCCAAACAUGCUUCGACAUCGGUGCCUGUACCAGCAUCCCAACCUUCCAAACUCGCAUCCCUCACACAAGAAUAACGAGGGCUAAUCGCAAAUAG